GUUUCUUCUUAUUGGUUAAGACGAAUCUAAAACAGUAUAUAAACUCUGGAGAAGAUGGAGAGAGUCCAUAACAACAAAUUCGAUUCUUAUAACUGUUUCCCUCUCAUCUUUACACAAAAGUAUUCUAAUCGAUUUCAAUGGCGGGUCGUGGUAAAACACUCGGAUCUGGGUCUGCGAAGAAGGCAACAACAAGAAGCAGCAAAGCCGGUCUCCAAUUCCCUGUGGGUCGUAUCGCUCGUUUCUUGAAGAAAGGCAAAUACGCCGAACGUGUUGGUGCCGGAGCUCCGGUUUACUUAGCCGCCGUUCUCGAAUACCUCGCCGCUGAGGUAUUGGAAUUGGCUGGAAACGCAGCGAGGGAUAACAAGAAGACGAGGAUUGUUCCAAGGCAUAUUCAAUUGGCGGUGAGGAACGAUGAAGAAUUGAGCAAAUUGCUUGGAGAUGUGACUAUUGCUAAUGGAGGUGUGAUGCCUAACAUUCACAAUCUUCUUCUUCCUAAGAAGACCGGUGCUUCCAAGCCAUCUGCUGAAGACGAUUGAUUAAUCAACCAAAUCCACUCUCUUGUGUUUUUUGAGUUUUUAAGGCUUUUUAAGAGUAAUUUAGAUUAGAUCUAUGGUGAAGAAAGAAUCUAUCUUCUGUGUUUUUUGAAUUGAAUUGAAUGUUCAUAUGCUUUCAAUUUCUUAUGGAAUCAAGAUUUUAACUUUUCUAGGUUUUCGAGUUAUGAUGAUGAAAUUCUUAGUCUUAUAAAUCACUAAAGACUUGGGAUUUUUGAUUGGUUGACAUAAAGAAUGGACUUUUGAGUUAAAUUUGGGAAAGCUACUGGGAAUGACAUCAUGAGAGGU